AGUUAAUUACCAUUGCGUCGACGACCCAUCUUAUUUCUCGAUUCGCAAACCUACACAACCCAGGUCCCAGGCCCUCUCUCUGCUGGGCGGCGCUUCCCAUGGAAGACAUGGCGGCCGCCUACUACCACCCGCCCUCCGCUCCUCACUACCCCUACUACCCUCCUCCACCGCCGGCCCCCACCUCCGGAGCGCCGCCGCCGCCGCCGCAGCAGCAGCAUCAUCCGCCGCCGCCUCUUCACCUGGCCUCUCCAUAUCCGCAUCAGCAGCAGCAGCCGCAGCAGCCCCCUCCUUACGGCGCUCCCUGCUCCCUCCCCCCUCAGCAGCCCCCUCGGGACGAGGUCCGGACCCUCUUCAUCGCCGGCCUCCCUGACGACGUGAAGCCCCGGGAGAUCUAUAACCUCUUCCGGGAGUUCUCGGGCUACCAAUCCUGCCAGCUCCGAUGCACCGGCCAAUCAUCCCAGGCAUACGCAUUUGUUGUUUUCAGUGAUCAACAAUCUGCACUUGCUGCAAUGCACACCCUGAAUGGAAUGAUGUUUGAUCUUGAGAAGGAAUGUGCUUUGUACAUUGAUCUUGCAAAGUCGAACUCUAGGAUGAAACGCUCAAGACAAGGUCAUAAUUUGGUUUUCUCAUAUGACAGUGUGCCCUAUUCUUCUGAUAAAAGAGCUAAAGGAUCUGUUGGAUAUUCAAGAGGCUUUCCAGAUUCUGGUGUCGGAAGCAAUAUUCACAUGCCUGGGAUGGGUAAUUCUGCUUACAGCUUGAAUGGUUAUCCUUCUACACAAAGUCACACAAACUAUGAUUAUGAUCCUGUGAAUGAUACAGACCCCAAGAAGAUGAAUAAUUCUUCAACUUAUGUUCCUCAAAAUAAUCCCCCUUGUCCAACCCUUUUUGUGGCAAAUCUGGGUCCAGCUUGUUCGGAACAAGAGUUAACUCAAGUAUUUUCAAGAUGCCCAGGCUUUUUGAAACUGAAGAUGCAAAAUAAGAAUGGAGUUCCUGUUGCAUUUGUUGACUUUCAGGAUGCCAACUGUUCAACUGGAGCCCUCAGUCAUCUGCAGGGAACUGUUUUAUACUCAUCAGUUGGGGAAGGCAUGCGUUUGGAGUAUGCCAAAUCACGCAUGGGUCUCCCUAAACGUGAGAAGAGAACAUAAAAAUGGCUGAAGCUAGGAGAGGCAGUUCAAGUCCGUUGUAUUAUACUGUUUUGGUCCUGGGUGGGCUUCUAGUCCCCCAUUGGAUAGUUGUGCUAUGAGCGUUUAUGUUUGAUUAGUCUUGUCUGUCUGCUGAGGGGUAACUCUGCUCACCCGCCAUCUUGUAAUUUUACGAUACUCAUGCUUAAAACAGUUCAAUCUAGUCCACUUUCGGCAAUGCUGACUUACUGCUCAUAAUCUUAUAUAAAUGUUCCUACAGUGUGCAAGCA